AAUUACUUCACGCGACAGUUAUUCGCGGGAUUCCACAGCGGACGGAGUACUAUAGUUGGGAUAGUGAAAAUCGGAAUCGUUCGGAAACGCAGUCGGAGCCGAUUGAACUUUUACCAAAGUUUAGGGAUAAAUGUGCUGCUAAACAGUUGUAAAUGACAAUGAUGGGAAUGUUUCGGAAGUUCUUGGUGCCUGCAGUCAUAGCCAUUUGGAUGCGGGCAUGCUGUUUGGUGAAUGCCGAUUCCUUUGUUGAGUUGGACCAAUACUACCGAAUGCCGAAGCUGUACAUGUACGACGAUUACGACGAGUGUUUCGAUGCGUACGACAGCCCGGAUCCGGUAUACUGCGUAUCCCGGUCCGUAAUCAAACCAGACAACCGGUCCGAUCUCUGGAGGUUCAUAGAGGAUUACUCGAAUGAUACCUACCGGCACUAUCGGCAUAAUCACUUUGAUCGCGGUCACUGCGUGGAGCGCUGCCGCCAGCUGGUUGCCAGACUGGACAACAAUACGCUCCAGCAGUUGUACGUGGAAAAAUUCAACAUUGAUUUUCCGUACAUUAUUGACGCCCAUACAUACGAGAAUGUGAUCCCCGAUCGUGCCAACUACGGCUGGCUAAUCAACGUGUGCGAAAACUACAUCCUGAAAAAGGUUUACAAUUUAACUGCCUACACCGAGAUAGAAUAUUGCACUCGCCCCGUAAGUCGAAUCCAAAUCGAUCUGCUGGACAUGAGUUUUAUUGCCGUCUCGAUGUUGUUGAUAUUUCUCGUCUGCGCUUCCAGUUGGUUCGACUAUCGGAUGAACAAAAGCCAAAAGAAUGAACACUACAAGUUGGAAAUUCCCUGUCGAAAAACAAUGCUUUUCACGUCGUUUUCGCUCAAAAGAAACUGGUACCGAUUGACCAGUCGUUCCAAGGACCAACUGAACGAGGAUUUGCGAUUCUUCCAAACGUUUCGGUUCUUCACGUUCUUCCUGGUGGCGGUCGGCCAUUGUGCGGACAUGUUUGCCGUUACGCCCAUCAGCAAUCCGUUCGACCGCGAGCAGGAAUAUUACAAAUUCUUAUCGAUGGGGAUGAUCAAUGGAUCGCAGAUCGUACAAACCUUCUUCGAAAUGAGUGGUUUCCUGUUGAGUAUUCACUUCUUCACCAGUAGUGCCCAGCUUAGAAAAGUACCGUGGACCUUAGUUAUAGGCGUAAUAUUCUACAGAUUCGUGAGACUGACCCCGGCAUAUGCUUAUGUAUUGCUGCUUCAUGCCACCUGGCUGCCCAAACUACAAGACGGACCCUUGUGGAAACGUGGAACAGAAACGGAACGUUAUUUCUGCCGUAAGAAUUGGUGGACUAAUAUGCUGUAUGUCAAUAACUACGUGAACGCUGACGAACCGUGUUUACAGCAAGCAUGGUAUCUGGCAUGUGACUACCAACUGUUCACUUUGGGUAUGGUUCUAGUCGUUGCGGUAACUAAAUACCCCAAAUUUAGAACAACAAUUUUCUCAACUGCAGUAGCAUUAACCUACGUUAUCCCAGCUCUGGUGAUCUACUUGGGCGGAUUCGAUGGCUCCUUCAUCAAUAGGUUACAAGAUGAACGAUUCAUUUACUGGUACGAUCGAAUGUACCAGGCGGUCUACAUACCGUUCCACACGAACAUGGGAUGCUAUUUGGGAGGUUUAAUACUUGGAAUGAUUUACUACAAGCAGCGUAAACACAAUCACGAUAGUAAUCGAUCCUGGUACCUCAAAACUCUAUGGUACGGAGUAGUUCCAAUUGGACUGCUGUGCAUGAUGAGCAAUAUGAUGUUCUACGUAUACGAUUUUGAGAAACCCUCCAUCUGGAUGGCCAUCUACUAUCCGGUGAUGAAAAACAUGUGGAUUUUCCUCGGUGCCAUCAUGCUGUACGGAUUGAUUCAUGAGUACAACAAAACGAUAAAAGCAUUCCUCAACUUCUCCAUAUUCGUCCCUUUGGGUAGGCUCACGUACUGUGCGUACGUGUGUCACGUAUUUAUGCUGAAAAAUGUCUUCUUCGGCACCAGGGAGGUCGGAUACUUCAGCAAAAUGUCGCUGCUUUCCAAGGUGAUCACGGUAGUGGUAGCAGCCUACUUCAUGGGUUUAAUACUAGCGUUGAUGCUUGAGUUUCCGGCAACUGCAAUCCAAAAACAUUUAUAUGCUAAGAAGAUGAUCGAAGAAACAGCAAAAGCUUCGAAACCUCCUCAACACCAGAACAAUAAUGAGAUUGUUUUAAACGGGCGUGUAUAAUUUCAGUUCCCAUCAGAUCCCAUCUCGAAGGGAUGGAUAACGAAAUGACAGACUGUAUUUAUAUUUGAUAAGUUAUUUAUAAGUAAAUUAAACAAUUUAUACUGUAAUCUUUA